AUGGAACGUACAAUACUUCAGUGCAGCGAGCACCAGACUGAACUGCUUGGGGAGUUGAAGUGCCGCAUCCCCUGCCACAGGGCUGUUCUAGCCGCAGCAAGUCCCUACUUCCGAGCCAUGUUCACAUCAAAUCUACAUGAAUCCAGGCAGCAAGAGGUUUGGCUUAGGGAGACAGACCCUGAUGCUGUCAGCCUUAUCAUCGGAUAUGCAUAUUCUGGGAGAUUAGAGAUUACUUCGGCCAAUGCCCAGAGCCUUCUCACUACAGCUUCCUUAUUACAGAUGUCCACGGUUCAGAAAGCAUGCGCAAAGUUUAUGGAGACCCAGCUCGAUGAAGCUAACUGCAUCGGCAUUCAGAACUUUGCUUCUAUUCACAGUUGUGAAGAGCUUUUUGGCAAGGCCAGGGAGUUUAUAGAAAAGAACUUCACAUUGGUGUGCAAAACAGAGGAGUUUCUAGAGCUGCCCUUAGAUCGAGUAGUGGAUAUUGUAUCGUCGGAUGAGCUUAACGUGGAAAAGGAGGAGAUUGUGUAUGAAUCUAUUAUGACCUGGGUAAACCAUGAUUUUAAAAACCGUAGGCAGCAUCUGGGGGAGCUAAUGCUACAUUUGAGGUUCCCUUUAGUGGAUGUGAAAUUUCUGCAAGAAGUUGUCUAUCCAAAUGCUGUGCUAAUGGAGAGUGAGAAAGGGAGAGUGCUAAUCCGCAACAUCCGGAUGUUUCUGGAGAAUCCGGAGAAGGUUUAUAGUGCUAGCAGUACAAAGGAUGCCUUUCCCUUGCGGUCAGGCAUGAUUCAGCCUGAGCACUGCAUUCUCUUAGUUGGCGGAAUAGAUCAGAACAAGCCGUCAUCGAUAAAUUGUUACAACCCAAUGACCAGAGAAGCUUUCUUUAUGGCUACAUUCCCAGAAAGUGAAGACAAGGCCAGGUACUAUUGUGUUGAAGAUCCUGCUGUGAUUGUGACGGAUGACAACGCUGUUUAUGCAGCUGGUGGAAACUAUAUAUAUCAUGCCAAUUAUGCAGAAUCACCGGCCGAUGAGGAUACGGUUUCUUUUGAUGACUUUGAAGAUGAAGAGUCUGUUAGAAAAGACGUCUUUUUAUAUGAUAAUGACCACAACAAAUGGGUACAGAAGGCCCCAAUGUUAUUCCCAAAAUCAAAUUUUACUUUGGCCUUUUUGGACAAAAAAAUAUACAGCUUUGGUGGUGUCACUUUAAAUCAGCAUCCUACAGAGAUAGUUGAAUGCUACGAUAUAGAAAAGAACCAGUGGAAUUAUGUUGGUAUGAUGCCGACAACUCUAGUUGACCUUAGUUCUGUUGUUUUCCGCGGAGAAGUGUAUUUAUUAGGUGGCCGGACAGGAGUGGGAGCGCACAAUGUCGUCAUGAAGUUUGAUCCGCAGAAAGGUGAGUGGACUUCUCUCGCCGGAAUGCCAACUCCUCGGUUCAACUUUGGUGCUACGGUUAUUGACAAUGAAAUUUUGGUCGCCGGAGGGCAGAUAUAUUCGCAUUCCACCAACACCAUCCGCCGCGACGCCUUGCGGUCGUGUGAGAUUUACAACGUGGAGGCUAACCAGUGGCGACAGGGUCCCGAACUGACAGAGGAGAUGUACAACGUGGGGCUCUUACAUGUCAACGGGUGCAUUUACGCAAUGGGUACAUCCGAAUACCAGAAGUCCCCAUUUCGAAUCUGUCGCUAUAAUGUAGUGUGUCGUCUGGACAUGUACAGAAAAAAAUGGAUACAGGUUGAAUCCGACCUUUGUGAUAUCCGGAACUACUCUUCAGUAGCAGCUAAGCUUUACACCAGAAAGUUAUCUCAAGUGUUCCGCCCAGAAGUAGACACUUGA